AACAUUGUGGGCCGAAGGGUCAGUACUGUAAUGUUCUGUGUAUCUCACUGUAACUUGGUGUCUCUGUACGUCCCAGUGUAACCCAGGGGCCUCUUCCCACUUUGACUUGGUACCUCUGCAGAUCCCAGUCCCAUCCACUCCACUGGCGUUACCACAAUGUAGGUUUGCCCCUGUGUAACGACCUCUAACCCGCAGCCACCGUGAGUUCCGGCCGAUCUGUUUCAGUCUCUGCCGCCAGAAGCUCGUCGUUUCGUGGUGUGGCGAGGCCGGGAGCCGGAGUCCGGUGGACCGGAGCGGGAGGCCGGGCGCCGCAAGGCAGAAGCGGAGGCCGGGCUCCGGCGGACUGACGCGGGAAGCAUGCCGACUGGGGUCUCCGGCCGGGGCCUGCGGCUGACCGGGCCAGCCGGCCGCUGCUCGCUGUUGAUCCUGUGGGCUUGUUUGCGGCUGUAUGCCGCCUCCGCCGGCCGUUCGCCCUGGGCUGAGCAUUACGGCACCAAGUCGAGGUACCGGGCUGCGGGCGAGGGCUCCUGGCUGCCCCCGGCCCGCUGCACCCAGCUGCACCUGAACGGCCUGAUCCGGCACGGCACCCGCUACCCCACCAGGAAGAACGUGCCCCGCAUGCUGGAGAUACACCGGCUGGUGAGGGAGCGGGCGGACGCCGACCGCGGCCUGGUGCAGGCCCUGGCCGGCUGGCGCAUGUGGUACCACGAACGGAUGGACGGCAACCUCCACCACCUGGGGGUCUCCGAGAUGGCCAGGCUGGCCGAGCGGCUGGCCGACCGCUUCCCCCACCUCUUGGCCCCGCGGAGCUACCAGGAGAAGAGGGUCAAGUUUCUGACCAGCUCCAAGCACCGGUGUGUCAACAGCACCAGGUCGUUCAUCCAAGGGCUGGAGAGCCACCUGGGCCUGCGGGACCCGGCGGCCGGGCAGUGGGAGGUCGACGACGGGCUGCUGCGCUUCUUUGAAUCCUGCCAGAAGUUCGUCAGGCUGGUGGAAAACAACGGCUCGGCCUUGCACCAGGUGGAAAUAUUCAAACAGGGCCCUGAGAUGGAGAGAGUCAUCCACAAAAUGGCACAGAAGCUUGGCGUAUUACCGGGGGCCAUCAGCAUUAAUAUGGUGGAAGCGACAUUUUAUCUGUGCACUUAUGAGUUCAUCCUUAAAGGCAUAGUUUCUCCCUGGUGUGACCUUUUCGAUAAAGAAGAUGUGGAGGUAUUGGAAUACUUGGGUGACCUGAAGCAGUACUGGAAGAGAAGCUACGGAUAUAAAAUUAAUGGUCUCUCCAGCUAUAAACUAUUCCAGAAUAUAUUUCAAUAUAUGGACCAGACCAUCGAAGAGAAUGAGAGGAAUGAACCAAUAUCUCAUACAGCUGUCUUGCGAUUUGGGCAUGCAGAGACCCUCCUGCCAGUUUUGACUCUCAUGGGGUAUUUUAAGGACGAUCACCCCUUACUAGCAAAUAAUUUUGAAGAGCAAAAGAAUCGCAAAUUUAGAAGUGGACAAAUUUCACCCUUUGCCGCAAACCUUAUUCUUGUACUGUACCAGUGCAAUGAAACACAGAGCCUGGGGGAAAAGUACAAACUCCAGCUGUUUCUGAAUGAAAAGCCACUACCAUUUCCUCAGAGUGGAAACCUUGUCGCUGACUAUGAUGAAGUGAAGAACCACUAUCAACAUCUUAUUGAUGCACUGCAGUUUAGCAAUAUGACCUGUUCUUAGCUGCAGGAGCAAAUGAAUGUGAAAUGAUCUGUGAUGACAGCAAUUGCUUCAAUUUUGUUUUCUUUAUCUUUCUCAUUUUAUUGUUUAUAGUUUAUUAUUAAAGUUUUCAUCAAAUUGAAUUUCUGCAUCUUUACAUUAUGCUCAGCCCCAUGGAUCUGUAAUCCUGUACCAUGUUAUCAUAUUGCACAGAAGGUAGCCAUUCAACCUAUCACGUCUGUGCCUAUUCUUUGCAUCAUGUAUCCAAUUAAUCCUAUGCCCUGCCCUUCACUGCAUUGUCCCAGAUUUACUCUUCUCAUGCACUUAUUUGAUUCCGUUUAGAAAAUUGUUAAGUCCGCUUUCAUCGCACUUUCAGCCAUUUUGGAUCAUAACAAUUAGCAAUGUGAACAAAUAUCUCCCAAUUUCCCAUUUCUAUUGGCAUAAUAGGAAAAUGUUUGGUGUCCAAUUUCCCCAGAAGUAGAAUGAUGAGGUCAUACUUUAGGCUUUAAUUGUAGCUGCAAUUGCUGUGGAAACUGGCGAGUAAGUAGGGGCAGUUCUAGACACUGGUUAUUGCAACUUUUCAAGUCUAGCAGGACCAAUUGCAUUCCAUACUUUUAUCUUAAUUUGGGAAACUGGAAGGUUUUUAAAAAGAAAAUGGAACAUUUGAGAAAGGGAGUAAAAUUAGAAGGAGAAAAAUUCAGAGGAGAAAGAGAAAAUUGCAGCUUCACUUUAAAAGCUAGACUAUUAAUGAAAGAUUCUAUUCGGAAAUAGCGUUAGGUUCACAUCUAAAGAGAUGAAGAUUGGAAUGCAAUUUACCCUUUCAAGCUGCUUGAGUUUAAACAAAUACUAGUUAUAGUACUUAAGAAGAAUGAAAGCAAACUCUUGAAUAAUUAUUCAUUGCCAUGUCUACUGCAGGUUGGUGAAUUAUUCCAUCACAAAUAAUAAAGAUAUCCACUGCAUGUGCAAUAAAAAAGGUCCGAAGUGUAUGAUAAUCAAGGACAUUCUGAUUAAACAUUACUGCAUCAAUGUAAAGCUGUGGAUGAGACCAGAAAGCCAACAACUGUAAUACAACAAUGCACUUAUACAGCAUCUUUAAUGUAGGAAACAUACCAAGCCACUUCGUGGAAGCAUAACCAGACCAAUAUCUGUGACUAGAGCAGGCAACCAAUCCCAUCGUGAGAUCAUUUAUUCAAGCGAAGGUUUUUGACCUCCAUGGACAUGACUGGGAGUGUGGGGGAGGAAACUGAACUGAAGAUUCACCUAUUGCAACCCAAACAGAAUUUAAAGAUCUAAUCCAAAUAGGAUGGAGCCCCAAAUUAUAUGUAAUCAGUUUGUACAAUAUACAAAUUGGACAUUCCUCCAAGCCAGAAAUUUGAGCAGACAAUUAUUGAGCAGACAGGUUGAAAUAUACUAUUGUAGGCCCUCUACCAUCAAUAGCAACAAGAACAACUAGGCGAGUGUGGGUAAAGGGUAGUGGGGCUUUGCCUUCUGUCAAAUUUGUCAGGAAUGCCCCAGAGAUGUUACUAAAAUUGAAGUAAAUAGCUCUUUUUUUAAAGUAAAAUUGUUUAAGAAAAAUGGUAAUUAAAAUGGGUUAAAACACUUUGAAAUAGUUAAAUAUUAAAGUAAAACAGUACUGGAAAGUGGUGCAGAAAUAAAAGAUCAACCACCAAAUUGAAGGGGGGAGCUGGGUUGAGGGGACUGGUUCACCAUUCUGUAAGACCAUUGUUGAUUUUUUUUACUCUCAGCACCACUUUCCUGCUCUAAAACCUCAGCAAAGCUCUCAUUUCUUUCAACAGUGGCAGUCUGAGACUGACAGAUGACACUGCAUUCAUAGAGUCAUACAGAGGUGCAACAGUGCUCGUUAUCCCACCAAUUUCGUGCUAUCACCACCAUUUCUACUAAUCCUACAUUAACCCUAUUUUCUCCCCACAUUCUCAUCAACUCCCCCCAGAUUCCACCGCUUACCUACACACGGUGUAGGUUGCUUGCUUGUUGUGUUAAAACCGGUAUACUAAUACACCUGCACACAUCAACUGAACACUUCAUGCACCGCAUACACUUACAGCCAAGGCAAUCACUUCAUUCAGAAACAUUGAAACAUACUCAAGGACAUUUUUUUUUAUUUCAGGAGAAAACGGCUAGCAAAAUGGGGUUGAAAUAAUUAUUUCUUUCAACAGUGGCAGUCUGAGACUGACAGAUGACACUGCAUUCAUAGAGUCAUACAGAGGUGCAACAGUGCUCGUUAUCCUACCAAUUUAGUGCUGACCAUUGUGUUAUGUUCUUAUUAUGUUCUUAUUCAAAUACUUGAAAACAUUAUUUACUUUCCCCUUUACCUCCUAAUCCAAAACACUGUAAUUCCCAUUAAAAUCAAUGGGGUCUCAGAUCCUCUGCUGAAUCUCAAUUGACGCAGUAUCUGGGUGUCACUUCCUUCGUUUACCUCUAGGGAAUCAGAGCAAGUCUUGGUAUUUGAUUCCACAUGAAUGACAGCGGUGCAGCUCGUAGAGCCACUGUCUCACAGCACCAAAGACCCAAGUUUAAUCCUGACCUUGGGUGCUGUCUGAGUGGAGUUUGCACCUUCUCUGUGUCACUGCGUGGAUUUCCUCUGGGUGCUCCAGUUUCCUCCAACAUUCCAAAUGUAUACAGUUGGUGGGUUAAUUGGCCACUGUAAAUUACCCCCUAGUGUGUAGGUAAGCGGUGGAAUCUGGGGGGAGUUGAUGAGAAUGUGGGGAGAAUAAAAAUGGGGUUAACGUAGGAUUAGUAGAAAUGGUGGUGAUGGUCAGCACGAAAUUGGUGGGAUAACGAGCACUGUUGCACCUCUGUAUGACUCUAUGAAUGCAGUGUCAUCUGUCAGUCUCAGACUGCCACUGUUGAAAGAAAUGAGAGCUUUGCUGAGGUUUCAACAGCCAAAUACCAGAGGCUGAAUUUCAACUGCUUCAAGCCAGCAAGUCCCCAAAAUUUUGAAUUCAGCUGAUCCUGCACUGUAGUGUUUGACCACAUCAAAGAGUAGAAAGUAUCCAAAGAGAGCAGAAAAACAAGGAAGUUCAGAAGAUUGCAAAGAAAAUGGGGUGUGUGGCAGUGGAAAAAAAUGGCAGUUCUAAUAGUGCCACUACACACAACAAAUGGAUUAAACUCUUCUCGUUUAAACUCCUUUGGUUUGAUCCGUGAAUUCCAGUGGAUCUGAGCAAGUUUGUUGCUCACACCAUUUCAACAUGCUGCCACACCUCACCAUUCUCAAGAAUCUCAUGAGUUAGUAUGUGAUCUAAUUUUUGGCUGAAUAGGCACAACAGCUAAAAGAAUUGUCUUUAGAUUUUAUGUUCAACUGGGAGAUUAUCUCAUAUUAACAGGUGGAUGUGAAGGGCCAGAUGAGAAUUCUGACAGUGUUAUAAACUGAAGGAUGCAACUCAGAAGGAACUAGCACGGAGUAUUUAAACAAUGGACAAUCCAGUGGAAUUAAAUGAUAUUCUAGCCCUUUAAGGAGUGAACCAUGCCCUGCAGUUUAAUGUCAUUAACGAAAUGUAUGUCUAAAUGUGAAAUUCACAAACUCACUGAAGUUAUAGAACAGAGCAAGAGAAACCCAUAGGAUAUUGUCCUAAAAUAUUUUCCACUGUAUCUAUUCCAGAUAGGUUUUCAGAUCACAUCUAUCACACAAAGCCACAUAAUAUUUCAGUGAUGCAUUAUCUAAUAUGAAAAUUUCUGUAUAAUGUCCAUAUAAUGCCAUACCUUUGCUUUAAAGAUGAUGAGUACAAUUGUGGCAAGAUGAAGCAGAAUUAGUGAUUCCCCUGUUGCAUUAGCUAUGAAAUGGCUGAAUAUGUUAACAAAAUGGCCAAAUGUGUUAAUAAGAUGGCUGACUUAAGUUUCAUUUUAGGCUCUGGUUACACAGGUAGGCCUGUCUGAGAAAACUUACUGGAAAUCAUGUGGUGGUUUCCAGUAACUCGCAUAUCGGUGGUCUUACCUUAUUUGGAGUUGGUAUUCACUUGUAGCGGAGAUAAGGGAGACCCUGAACAGUAUAAUAGUAAGGUAUUUUCAAGGGAUUUCUGGACUUUCUCAAUGGGCUGGAUCACGACCGGUGCCUGGUGACCUUGAUACCCCUUCGUGUCUCAUCAAAGUGUUAGAGCUCCCCGGUGGCUAAAGACUGAGUGGUUCAGAAUACACAAGCAGCGCUGCUUAUUGUUGAUAGCUGAUAAGUAUUACUAUGAAUUGCGUGCACUUUGAGCUUGAUAUAUUAGUGGAAAAUCAAAUAAAGAAGUCUGAGUUUUGUUCUUUUAGUUGAGUUAAAUUAGAUUUGUAACUGCAGUUAAGAAUUAAAUUAGAUCUGUUGUUAAGAAUUAAAUAAAAUUACUUGAGUUACUAAUUUCUUUGUUCUUUUAGUUAAGAGUUAAAUAAAGUUAUGUAGCGGUUGCUACCGCGAAA